AUGCCCGGUUAUGCAAAAUUCAUGAAAGAGCUUGUGAACAAGAGGAGACAUGCUAGUUUUGAAACAGUGGGAGUUACACAUCAUUGUAGCUCUAUUGUGACAAAAGCCUUGGUUCAAAAGAAUGAAGAUCCGGGAGAUUUCACAAGUUUGUGCACUAUUAGGAUAUACAAAUUUGCCAAAGCGUUAUGUGACCUUGGGGAAAGCAUCAACUUGAUGCCUCUUGCUAUCUUUAAUAAGUUGGGUUUGGGCACUCCCCGACCCACAACAAUGAGGUUGCUAAUGGCGGAUAGAACUAUGAAGAAACCGGUUGGUAUCCUUUACGAUGUGUUUGUGAGAGUUGAUCGGUUCAUUUUUCUGGCAGAUUUUGUGAUCUUGGAUUGUGAAGUUGAUUUCGAGGUGCCCAUAAUCUUGGGAUUUCGAGAUUCCCAUAAUCUUGGGAGGACCUUUCUUGGCUACGGGGCGUGCUCUUGUAGAUGUAGAGAGGGGUGA